AAUCGUACGGGAAAAAGAAUACCUACAGAAUGGUAAAUAGACUAUAAAUUAAAGUAUGAAAAGCAGUAGGGAACGGCGUUAGUAUGUUGUUAUAUGGUCUCCAUGACAAUACGUGAUGUUAGAUUCAUGCAAUCAGAAAAUAAAGUAAGGCAUAUUCAUAAAGUACGAGUUGCCAUUUAUCGUACCACGGUAUGGGUUUGUAAUUUAGGAGAUAUAAUGUAGUAGGUGUCGAUGAAACUGUUUUUUAAUUCGAUUAGGGACGCGUGCCAGGGUUAAAUUACCUACGCUAGGCAGGGGGAUACAGUAACCAUUGAAGUAUGAACGAAAAAAGCUAAAAACGAUCAGCUGAUGAAGUGGGUUCUUCGAUUAUCAUCCUGGUUAGCGAUCGUGGUAUUUAUAUCGUUUCGCGGUAGUAUCAAUUCCGAGGCUGGAUUUGCCUGUGUGAGUAAUCCGUGCGUUUAUGGCAUUUGUCUGGACCAUAUCAAUAGCACUUACACGUGUUAUUGUAUCAACGGGUAUACCGGUAUUCAAUGUCAAACUAACUGGGACGAAUGCUGGUCAUCUCCUUGUUUAAAUGGAGGUACCUGUAUUGAUGGAAUUGAUGCAUAUAACUGUUCCUGCACAGAUGGAUACACAGGCCCGAAUUGCGAACUCGAUAUUAACGAAUGUGCUUCAAAUCCUUGCACUAAUAAUGGGACCUGUGUCGAUAUCCAUAAUGGUUUCACAUGCCUAUGUAAUGCAGGAUACUCAGGCUCAUUUUGCGAUAUCGAUUUAGCCAUUUGUAACACAUCCGAUGAAGUAAGAUGUCAUAACGGAGGUCUUUGUAUUGAUGGCCCAGGAUUAACGUACACUUGCGAAUGCCAGCCAGGAUGGACUGGAGCUCUAUGUGAAUCUGAGGUCAACGAAUGUGCAUCGUCACCAUGUCAAAAUGGUGCAGUUUGCAUAGAUCUUCAUGCAGAUUACUCGUGCGCUUGUUUAUUUGGAUACACAGGACACAGUUGUGAAACAGAACUGGAACUUUGUGAUAUGAAUUUAUGCGCUAACGGUGCGCUAUGCUUGACGGAAGAUGACGUCAGAGUAUGUUACUGUGUGCCAGAUUUCCACGGAGACAGAUGUCAAUAUCAAUACGACGAAUGUGUUUUGAGGGGCAGAUGCUACAAUGGCGGAACUUGCAUCGACGGCGUCGACAACUACACGUGUUCUUGUCCUCCUCGAGUCACAGGGUUUCACUGCGAAUGCAUAAUAGAAGCUAAUGGAACCGAAACCUGCGACGUUUUCAUAUCUACACCCGUAGUACUCGAUAGUACUCCAAUCUAUGAGACUGAAACAUCAAAAAUUAUAGAUUUUACUACUAAAUAUUUCAUUACAUCUCUUCCAACUACUUUAAGUACAAAUUUCGACAUCGAUACCGAGUCUUCCCCAGGUACCACAACAACAACACUUCUCACAAAUGAACCAGAACCAAUGACACUCACUCCUACACAGGAAGAAAUUCCAACCACGACAAUAACAGAAUCAAAACAAAAAUCAACAACCAUAGUUUUAGAAACGACUACACUCGAAGAAACGACGACUGAAUUUCCAGAAACAACCACUCUAAAAUCUGAGAUAACUAACACAUCUCAUACUUCACCUCACACUACUUUAACUACAUUCGAAACAAUUACUUACCCAAAUACGACGAUUUUAGGAGAUAGAACCUCAUCAGCAGUAGAAUAUCCUGAAACCAGAACAUAUCCUACAACGACCACCGUAUUUUACACAACGGUACCCGAGUCAAUUACUCAAUCAAAAUUACCUACUUUCGAUACAACGACCGCCAAAUCAUCUGUGAUAAUUCCUUCGAAUUCGACUCUUCAAUUCACAACUACAGAAUGUUGCGAAACUUCUGCAGAGAUUACAGAUGCAACAGAGACUGUACUAAGUUUCGAUAGGAGUACGGAGUUUUCUACUACAGAUGACGAAUGGUAUGUGACCAAGUUCUUGGAUGAAACUACGACGACCACGAUCAGCACACAGUGUUCUAAUAUCACUUGUUUGAAUGGAGGGACUUGUUACGUUACGAAAGAUGGACCGAAGUGUUCUUGUAGAUUUGGUUGGGAAGGUUUACAAUGUGAGGAAGCGAUUACCAUCAAAGUUGUGGCGUUCACCGGAAAGUCCUACCUUAUUCAUAAUCUUAAUAAUGGCACAUCGACCAUCGUGUCUCUGAAAUUGAAAACUCUGUCGUCUUUUGGCAUCAUAUUCUACGCUCAGGUCACAUCCAACAUGUAUAUGUGUUUGUAUGUACAAGAUGGGUUUUUGAAGUUUCAAUUUUCUUGCGGAGUACAAACCAUGUUGUUCAGUGAGACUAAAUACAGAGUGAAUACUGGAUAUCAGAUUCAAAUUUUAGCAACAGUUGCUUUGAAUAAAAAUCUGCAAAAUUUCGAUGAAGGCGAAUGCAGCGCUGCUUUAAGGAUAAAUAACACCGUAGCGAUGAGUGGAGAGCAAACGACAGCUACAGUUCAAAAGCUGCUCAAUCUACCAGCUCUCUACAUAGGCGGAUUUCCUAGAUACCUCGUUCAGCAACUGGAUCUUCCGGUGACGAAUGGAAUCAUAGGAUGUAUGCAUUCGUUGCAGGUUGAUGGUCUUCAUAAAGAUAUUUAUGCGGAUGCUUACGAUGGUAAUGAAAUAUCGGAGUGUUCUUCUUUGGCCUGUAUAUCUAGUCCGUGUCAUCAUUCGGCUACUUGUAUCGAAAACGGACAGUCAUGGACAUGUCUUUGUCCUUUGGGGUUUGUAGGUGAUACCUGCAAUAUUUCAGUCUGUAUUAAUAAUCCAUGUCAAUUUGGAGCUACCUGCAUUCAAUAUCCAACAAACGGAUUCUUGUGUUUAUGUCCUUUGGGAAAACAUGGCUUGUUUUGCGAACAAGAUCUAGAAAUAACACAGCCAACAUUCACAUCCACAGUACGAGGUUACUCUUCGUUCAUAGCUUAUCAGUUACCGAGUAGCUCGGUUCAGCAUACUUUCGAGCUCAGGUUCAAAUUCAUCCCUGAAACCAUGGAACAAAUAGCACUGAUGGUAUUUAUGGGUCAGAGAGGUCAACACGACUUGCAUUCGGAUCAUUUAGCUUUAAGCUUCAUCAAAGGAUACAUCGCAUUGACUUGGAACUUGGGAGCAGGUCCAAGACGUAUAUUCACUCCACGACCAAUUGCUAAAAGAGGCAAGAAAAUGCAUUCCAUUCGAAUAGGAAGAACUGGAUCGAGAGCUUGGUUAUUCGUCGACGGUUUCAAAAACAUCACCGGUCGAGCAGCUGGACGAUACACGCAGCUGAACGUUACACCACAUAUUUACAUAGGUGGGCACGAAUCGUAUAAUUUUCUAACUCUGCCUCAUGAUUUACCUCUCCAUACUGGAUUCGCUGGAUGUAUUUAUGAUGUCGAAAUGCGUACGAGUCAUGUGACUUUAGGACUGCAGAAAACACAUCCGGAGAUAGGUCGUUCGGUGGCACAAUGUGGUACCAGCGAAUGCUCAAAUUAUACUUGUCAGCAUGGAGGCGUUUGCGUUCAACAUGGACCUACUUAUUCAUGUUUAUGUCCUGACGGAUGGUUCGGUCCGGUUUGCGCUUAUCGUCAUAAUUUAUGCGACUCCAAUUACCAUAAAUGUGCUGCGGGAUCUACGUGUGUUCCUGUAGCUCUAACGUACGAGUGUGAUUGUCCGGUAGGUCAAACGGGAAAAUUCUGCGAAAAACAUGAGAAUCAAUUAUCCGAUAUCAGCUUUUCUGGACGUCGUUCGUAUCUGUUGACAAAUCCCAAAGAAGAGUUUCAAAUUAAACAGUUCAACUUCGAGUUGGAAUUCAAGCCUUUGAACGAUCGAGCUUUAAUUAUGUACGUGACUGAGAAUACGUCCACGUUUUUCACUGCUUUGAUAUUGAAAGGAGGAAUUUUAGAAUUUCGCAUUUCGACUUAUGGUGGAAAUAAAAAUCCAGAUGCUGAGAAUGUCAUCACCAAAGUUCGAAGUGGGACCAUUAUAAACACAGGCAAAUGGACGAAAAUACGAGCUGGUCGAUUUGGUCAGAAACUUUACCUGACAGUAAACGGAUUUACCAAUUCAAAGCUUAUUCCACUCGAUAGUUCAUUGACCUACAACAAUAUUUCUGUAUACUUUGGAGGCAUGGAAAACUUGGCCGAUAUACCUUAUGAGGUGGUGUCAGGUUUACCUACCUCGUUCUCAGGUUGUGUUCGUCAAUUUUUCAUUAACUACAAGCAUAUAGUUCUAGACGAACAUAGCAUCAUAGGAGGCAGAAAUAUAGCAGAUUGCGAUGGUACUCCUUGCGGCGCCGAUGUGUGUGCCAAUGGAGGUACUUGCUGGCUGAAUACGACAUUAAAACCACACUGCAUGUGUCCUGAAGAAUAUAACGGCGAACGCUGCCAAAAUCAGGUGUCUUGCUCCAAAGUACCAUGCAGAAAUAAUGGAAGGUGCGUUGAAGGCAGCAGAGGUUUAACUUGUCAUUGUCCUUUGGGAUGGAUAGGUCCAUUUUGUGAUAAAGAAAUGCCAUCAUUGACUCCUUUCUUGAGAGAUGACAGUUACAUCAUUAUCGACAAACGACCAUCUAAAAAAAGACAAUCAUCUGGUAACAAAACCUCAGCAGAUCUCAUUCAUAUAAAAUUCUCAACGACUCAGGAAAAUGGAAUGUUACUCUGGAACAUGAAAGAUCAAAACUUCUUUGGUAUUGGAAUCGAGAAUGGAAACUUGAAAAUAGUAUGGUCGAUCGACGGAGCAAUAAAUCAAUACGUGCUAACUUCAAAUAUAACAGUAAACAAUGGAAUCUGGCAUACCCUGAUAUUUAAAUUCAACGAUACAGAAAUUCUAUCAUCGAUUGAUAACGAAGAAAUAUACCUAACUAACCAAACGCUGAAAUAUUUUCUCAACAGCGAUGGGUUAUUUUACCUAGGUGGUUUCCCAGACAACAAAUACGUGUUAACUGAAACAAAUGGAAUAUUUUCAUCGAAUUUCAACGGUUGCAUCAAAGAAUUCGCGUGGAACGAAUACGCUGUGGUUACGAAUUUCAAAAAAUACAAAGGUGAAAAUGUAGGAAACUGUUUCGAGUACAAAGGAUAAUUUGUCCAGUUUAUUAAAUUCUAAGUUGUUUUUUUCUUCUUUUUUUUUGUUACGUUUAACACAUAACACUGUUGGAUUUUGAAAUUCGUAAACGAAGUAUUCAGUUAAAAAGAAUGGAGAUGAAUACUUACGAU